GCCAGCGGUGCACGGUUGUCCGACGUAGAGAUAAAUACAGACUCGAAUUAGGGAAAAAAAAAAUAAAAAUCAAUUAAAAGGGACUGGACAGCGUCGGUGCUGCAUGUAUUGUUACGGUUAUUGUUUCUUGUGACAUGGCGCACUUUUAUCAGGCUAGCACAGUGUGAUGUGGCACAGUCGCGUACAGCUAGUCAACCGCCAACGGCAGUGGCCUUCUCUCAACGCUGUACUCUGAUCUCCACUUCAUAUAAAUAUACCGGAGGCGGCGGCGAAGCGAUGCGCGCGAAGUGUGUGCACACAGCCGGGAGUGACGCGCACGAACCGGAGAAGUGUUCUGCUCGUGCCAGCUAACAGAUGGGCGCCGCCGGACAGUGUUGACAUGGUGCUCGAGCUGAACCGGAGUUCUCAGCUAGUCUGCUGCUCGUACUGUUAGUGUUACUAUUUUUACUCGGAACGCUGGAUACAGGAUAGGCACUAGAGUAGAGAAGUAGAGUAGAGUCACAGACUAGUAUCCACAGUCGUCUGUCAGUGUUAAAUUUGCGGGAUAAAUUGUUGAUAUUUCGUCUGUAUUUAUGCGAGUCGUUAGAGAGUGUUUGUUUCCGUCGUCCGCCCAGGAUCCCCGCAGUGGAUGUUUAUGGGUAAAUCUUGGAUAUCUGGCAGUGCUGGUGAUGCGUCUAUGUGAGAUGUGUCACAAAUGUUAAUGGGUGUUUUAGUGACAAGCUCCAGGGUCGUUGGUCUGCAUGAACGUGGCGCGCCGGUGGGGAAGGAAAGGAAGGCGCACCGUGCGGGGAGCCGGGAGUGAGAGGACACUGACUGACGGGAACACGGCCAAGUGUGAGCGUAACGCGCUUUUAUCAGCGAUAAGACACUGACUUCGAGCCGGAUUUGCGAGACAUAAGAAUCUUAAGAUGGUGGGCUUCGGCGCCAACCGGAGGGGUGGUCGCCUCCCGUCCUUCGUCCUCGUCGCCCUUAUGGUGGUCAUCCUCGUGCUGUCCUUCAACUACUGGGCCGUGACCAACAAGCACGGCCGCCUGCUCGACGAGCUCGCCGAGGCGCACACGCAGGUGAAGCGCACGGACGCGGCGCGCAGCCGCCUGGAGAAACGUAACUCGGAGCUUAUGGCGCAAGUGGACACGCACCGCAGGCAGGUGGACCAGCGCGAGAGCGACGUGAACGCGCUGGAGGCCAAGCUGCAGGGCCGCGACGCGCAGAUCCGAAAGUGUGCCGACGACAAGAACAAGUUGCAGAGAGAUGGUGAAAUCCAGUCAGCAGAGAUGCAGAAGCUGCGAGAACAGUUGACAGAUUUGCAGCAGGAGUUGAAGAAGCAAGAGGAUCAGCUGCAUGAAAUGAGAAAGAAUAGCACACAGUUGGAGAAGAAGCUGGAGUAUGAGAGCUUGCAGUGUGGCCGCCAGAUUGCCCAGCUAAAAGAUGAGUAUGAGGAGCAGAUGAGAAAACUGGAAGAAGAGGCUACAAAACUGCAACAGAGCAUGCUGCAGACCCAUGGGAUGGUGGGGAAGCUUCCAAACCAAGAAGAUGGAGAUACGGCGGGAGACCGACACACAGAAGCGACACAACACCACGACAACUUGGAGCUCAAAGGAGACUUGGGCAAACCUGGCAGUGAUGCUGGUAUGCCUGGCAUUGAGGACAGCGAAAUAGGGAAAGUGGACAAUAUUGAAUAUGGCAUGAAAAAGCCAGGUAUAACACAGAAUCACAUCCAGGGGGCAGAUGCAGGAGCUGGGGCAGGAGAGGCUGCCAUACAGCCUCUGUCGCUGGAUCACCAUGACCUCCAGGGAAACAAAGAGCUGAAGAUGGAAGCCCAGCUGGCCCAGGAGCACCACAGCCUAGGAGGCAAUGAAAAUGGAAAUAUGGGCACCAGCUUGGGUCAUGUGCCAUCUCAACGGCAGCAGCCCCUUCAGGCCAUGGCAGAUAGGCCAGUUCUCUUUGAUGAGGAUAACAAGGCUGUCCAUGCUGAUGAGCUGGGCGAGCACAGAGGGCAGCUAAGAGCUCCUGACAGUGGCAAGGCUGAGGGCCACGAGCUGAGAGGUGUGGUUCUGGCUGCACCCCCCAACCCAGCCCAGGUCCUGCCCAACCCUAUUGACUCUCAGCUUGGCGGAGAGCCCCAGCCUGCAGAACCUCUCCGACACCGUCAGAGCCGGUUCUUUGAUGAGAAUGAGUCCCCCGUAGAUCCGCAGCAUGGUUCUAAACUGGCGGAUUACAACGGGGAUGAUGGAAAUGUGGGUGAAUACGAGGCUGACAAACAGGCCGAGCUGGCCUAUAAUGAGGAAGAGGAUGGUGAUGGUGGGGAAGAAGAUGUCCAAGAUGAUGAAGAUCGGGAACUUCAGGGAGACCGUGCUGUGGAUUAUGGGAAGCGACACCAAGUCCCAGACAUCUUAUAAACCCUAAAAGGAUCCUCUUUUCUUGCGUGGAAAUUCCUGUGUAAUUUGAGAAGGGGAAAAAUGCACAGAACUAAAGUUGCUCUUUAAGUGGUUCUUACAUUACACUGUGGGGUAGGAAUUAAAUGUGGUGAAUAACCCCUCACUUUCACCUGCUUUCAAUUAAAAUUAUUGGUAGUUCUAAAGCUACUGGAUUUAUUGCAAAUUACUCAGUUGAAUGCUUGUAUCUGUCCUUAAUUUUGUACAGUUUAGGACAUGCAGCACACAUACCUUGUGGAAUUAUGUUUCUCAAAGGUGUUAGAAUGUAAUUAUUUGCAAAAUGAAGGUUAUGUGUAAAUGCAAAUGGUGCUUUCAAGCAGCUAAUGAAGGCUUUGUACUUGUGAGAGUCGAUAAAGCCAAUGAUGGACUACCCUUUUGCAGUAUGCUGGACUUGUGAGCACUCAGUUUAAUACUCAGCUUGGGACAGUCACUGUCAGCCCCCACUGGAUACAAAUCUGCUGGCUACAGAGAAUGUCAGUACUUAGCAAGCACCUGGAUUUCCCUGGAAUGCAAGUGUUUUUUCAGACAUUUUGGACUCUUUCCCCAUCUUUCUUCUGAUGAAAUUUUGCUGACUAAAGAAACAAACUGUGUUUUCUCUUCUUUACAAUGUAUAAAGACUGAAUGGGCAAAGUGACCUGGCCUUCAUUUCUGUCUGUGGAAACUUUCUACUACUGAUUGCACAGGAGGAGGCUCAUUUUCUGGUGUACAGAUCACUAAAGCCAAGAACUCUUCUCAUUAUGUAAAUGUUUUCUUGUUUUUGCUCUUUUUUUUUAAUUAUUUUUUAACCUGAGUAACUCUCCUUGGGGCACAUUGCAUCUAGCAGUGUUCUUGCUGCAUGCAUUGAAAUUAUGAACUUUGUUAUCCAAACCGUGAAAUAACACAAUGAUGCAGCAUUAUCUUGUCCAACUUGUAGAUAGAUAUCCUUUUAAGGAAGACCAGCUCAUUGCACCUCUGGCUCUAACAACUGUGCUUACAGUAUGUAUAGUUAUGAUUUUAAUGUACAUAGUGGAAGAAUUUCUUUCAAUUUGAUAUAUGUUGAGCAGUAUUCUUCCUUGGUUCUUUGGCAAUGGACUUACAGUAAAUUUUAAAACUAGUUAACUGGGAAGGUGGUCAGAAAAUUGAAUGUAACCAAGUGUGGAUGACUUGUUUUCAGAUGGAUCAAAUGUCAAGGUGAAGAGGUGGGGUGGGGGACUAAUACUGUGUUAUUUCUAACAUUAAUGCACAUUACUGAAACCAAACAACCAAUUCCUGUACUUUUUACAUUCACAUUUCUGUGGGUGAAAGGAUGAAAAGAGCUGUAGAGUUCUUGUCAUAAUAAUAAAGAAGGAUGUGAAUGAUCUGCUCUAGUUUGAUUCUCAGUGUUGAUAAAGUUACCUGUUCAUACAGCAAAGCAGUAAAUUGACUUCCCUUGAUUGUUGGUCAUAUAAGCAUAAUAAUGACAUUGUUGCGGUACAAGCCCUGAAUGCAGUGUAAUCCUAAUUUAUUAAAGGAGGGAAUCCAGUCCAUUUCCAAGUUGUCAUUGUGUGAUUUGUAGUCUUGA